AUGUUCAACAUCGGCAAGCUGUUCCCCUACUCGGAAGCCUCGGGGAGCAGGAGAAUCGUGUAUCACCACAUGGAUGGAGACGACGAGUUGAUCUGCGUCCCACGCCAUGGGCGAGGCGCUGACAGGCUGACCGCCCGUUGCAUGGUAGCGACGCAGUCCAGCGACGACGAUGGUGACGAAGACGACGGUGAAGACAUCGACCCGUCCAAGACAGCUCUCAGAGCCUUUGGAGUUGCCAGGUUGCAAGCGGGGCCCCAGCCAAGCAGAGAUGCAGAGAGUAGCACAAGAGGAUACGAAGGAGGACGAGAUGUCUUCAGCAGAGAUACCUCACGCCUCGCCCGGCCGGACAUGACAGGGCCAUCGGACCUUAUAAGGCCUGAACUGUGCCGAGAGCUGAAAACUCAAUCAAGAUGGACAAAACAGGAAGGUUGUGAAGUGAAAGUCAACCUCCUUGUGUCCCAAGUCAAACUCCUUGUCUUCAAAGUCAAACUCCUUGUAUCAAAAGCCAAUAGUCCUCGGGUUCUCCUUGUCUUCAAAGUCAAACUCCUUGUCUUCAAAGUCAAACUCCUUGUCUUCAAAAUCAAACUCCUUGUAUCAAAAGCCAAUAGUCCUCGGGUUCUCCUUGUCUUCAAAGUCAAUCUCCUUGUGCUCAAAGUCAAUCUCCUUGCGUUCAAAGUCAAACUCCUCGUGUUGCUGACUGCUUCAUGUCAAGGAGCUGAGGUCGGAAGGCGGAGGACGAUGGCGAGUCAGAAAUCUGCCACGAGGGAGACUGGGGCGACCUACAAGAAGAACGCUUGCUGCCAGACGCCUCCAGAGAUUGUGUUGGAGUUCCGAGGAACUCCGAGGGCAGCAGCGCCGUCGGGGGCUGCGGGUGAUAGCAUCUCAAAGAUCAGGAGUCAGGUAGAGAAGACUGUUCGCCAAGGGAAGUCCGACAGCAUUGUUCGGGGGACCAGAAUGAGAAAGAUGAGUGAGAUGAUGGUGACAAAAUUGAAGCAAUCAUGCCUUGACAAGGCGAAUGUUUAUAGGGGAUGUUUGCUGUCAGACAAUGCUUGCAAGUUGCUUUGCUUUCAUGUAUGGGCUACGUGUAAGUGUCUUCGCGCCCCCCCUCGCUCCUCCUCCUCAGUGCAGCUGCAGACGGAAGACGUUCGCUUCAACCAGCUGCACGACGACUUCUGCAAGGUCGAAGAGCAGCUGCAGCUGCUGCAGCAGGAGAAGCACGACUGGGAAGCGUCCAGACGUCAUCUGCAAUCUCAGAGGAUUCUUGACCAAGAAGCCUCCGCCCUCCUCCGCAAGGAUCUCGAGCAUCAGCGGGAACUUUGUGACUACCUCUCUGCCCAGCUGCAAUCCACCAACGACAAGUUGUAUCGGCUGCAGAAGCAACUCCGGAGAUCUGACGACGUUGCCGCCGAGCAAGUUGAAGAGAGCAGGAGCAGAAAAGAUGAGCACCAGGAGCAGCAGCAGGAGCAGCAGCAGCAGCAGGAGGAGGAGGAGGCUCCUCCUGCUCCUCCUGCUCUUCCCCAGCGUGACGAGGACUGGACACCAAACCGAGCGAGCGUCUUUGACGUGAAGCAGGCUCGACUGGUACGUGCGCUCGUUCCUCUCGUCGAGAAGAUGGGCAGCCCCAACACCCAGCCAUCGGUCGGAAGUCCCGACACCCGCUGGCAAGACGAGGACGGAGGCAACGACCAGCCGAUCGAGGAGGGGGGCGAGGACGAGGAGAGAGGAGGGGGAGGGGAAAACUUUCACGCCUUUCAGGGCGUUCUUGUCUGA